AAAGGGCCAACACGUCGGCAAGGUUGUGUUUGAGACGCCUGCCAAGUUUGAACCGGAGAGCUUGGUGCCAUCUUCGGAAAUACUGGAGGCUGACGGUACGUACCUCAUUACUGGCGGGUUCGGUGGAGUUGGACAAGCCCUGGCCCGUUGGCUGGUAGACCAUGGAGCCAAGCACAUUGCCCUCCUGUCCAGAAGUGGGUGCAAAACAGCUGAAAAUAUCCACACUGUAGAGUACAUGGAGUCCAAAGGCGGAAAGGUGUACACGUACGAGGUGGACGUGUCAAACAAGACGUCGCUGACAAACGUGUUGAACCAUCUUAGAGCCGACACCUCAGUUCCUGCGCUGAAAGGCAUCUUCCAUCUCGCUGCUGUCAUCGAUGAUGCCAAUGUCUUAGACGUGAAGGACAGUCAACUGGAAAAGUCCCUUGCAGCAAAGGCGUGGGGAGCCCUCCACCUGCACGAGCUGACACAGGACGAUGACCUGGACAUCUUCUUCUUGCUGUCAUCUGUCACCGCCGCCUGGGGAAACCCAGAACAAUGUGGGUACGUGGCCGCCAACAGCAUCCUGGACGCCCUCGCUGAACACCGACACUGGCGAGGACUUCCGGCCCUGUCUCUACAGCUCGGAGCCGUCAGAGGUGUGGGCAUACUGGAAGGGAACACUAAAGCAGCCAAAAUCGUCACGGGGAAGGGCAUGCUGACUCUCCACAUUGACGAGUACCUACAGAUGCUGCCACGUCUACUGAAGGCCAGAGACACCCCUGUUGUCACAUUGGCCAACAUGGAUUGGUCCAAGUGUAUACAGUUCUCCUACCCGACAAGCAUGAAGUUCCGUCAUCUUGCAGUUGUAAAGAACAAGGAAAAAAGCGUUGACGCUGACUUGAAUGAAGACGACCUCCGUGAGCAGGUUCUGGAGCAGCUCGGCCAGAUCCUCUGCAUGCCUUCCAGCCAGAUCGACCCCGACCAGCCCAUGAUCAACUACGGCGUGGACUCCCUGAUGGCGGUGGACAUCGUCAACUGGAUGAACAAGAACUUCGACCUCAGCGUGUCCCAGCUGGACAUCUUGGGCGGGAUGACCACGACCACGUUAGUGGGGAAAGCUGUAGUUGGGGAGGUAGCGCUUCCCUUGCGCACGUAAACUGGUAAAGAUGAUAUACAAUAGUAUCGUUGAUCUAGGGCUUAUUCUCUUAAGAUCAUAAUCUAACAAUCUAUAUGUAGUGUUGGAUACAAAUAUGUGGCAUAUUUGACCUUUUUAAUGUUUGACUAUUACGCUUGUAUUUAUUUUCUUGACUAUAAUUCUUCAUUUGAAGGAGACUGAUGUUUUUGUGCCUUGAUUCUGUUUUAAUAGAGUUGUGAUAAGUAAAGAUUUGUGGUGAUUUAAGAUGUAUUUUAAGUAGUAAUGUAGUGCUUCUGUUAGGUUGAGAUAACGGUUGAUGUAUAGAGUCUGUCUUGUCUGGCUAUGUUACAAAACUCUUUGUAAUUGAUCAAUAUUAUGAUUGUGACUUUAAUAAUGACCUUUUAACAAUAUUAUUCAGACUCCUAGUUGGUUGAUAUUAUGUAAUAUCUAAAAGGUAUAUCUUCCUGGCCAGUACAAGGGUCCUUUAGUGUAUUUUGUAUCAAAAUACCUUUUUAUAUACUCAUAACCUCUGGUGAUACAAAUUUGUUAUUGGGUACAGGUCGCUUCAAUUAGUCUUAGUUAUCUAAGUUCCAUUACCAUCGUGUCAUAGUAAUAUAAAGGACCUCACGUAAGAUUUUUAGUAACCCGCCCACAACUGCACUUGCAACUGCACUUUAUUACAGUAGAGAGCUGGAUUACUCCUGUAAUAAUCCAUGGUAUAUAUAGUUUUGCGUGAACUGUUGAAUAAAAGAAGAUGAAGAACUCUCA